UCGAUAACUGUAGUCGAGGCCCAACUACAGCUUGUGCACAAACCGGCUCGCGUUUGGUCUGGCCCUCACACGAUAUAUCAAAUGUAGCGCGCGCGAGUAAAAAAUCGAGUGAGUCAUGAGGUAUUAGUAGUGAUAAGCGAUUAGACCUUGAGUGAGAGAAGCUCGCUGGGAUGUUCGUUACACACCGGAGAGGAGCACAUUGUGUCAGUCGAUCGUGAGGCAUAUAGCGCAGUCGUCGUCGUCGUCAGCUGAUCGUGCGCGCGCUUCGUGUUUACAAGUACAACCAGUGGCUUGUGGUGUUUGUACAUACGUACAUCUACGUUGAACAGUGGUAGCGGUGUGCAGCGUGGUGCCUAGACUGCUUGGUGCUCGAAGUGAUUGUUUUGGACUGAAACGCUGAUUUGGAUUACCGAAGAAAUGUUGGCAGCGCAAAACGGUUCGCUGAUCGGUGGAGAAACGAUAUCGAUACUAAAGCCCGAUGAGAGGUUAAAAGCCAGACUCAACGCACUGGCGUCGCACUUCAGAUCGCGUUUCCAGCGUGAGCCCUCGUUCCUGGUUAGAGUGCCCGGACGGGUCAAUUUGAUCGGCGAGCAUGUCGACUACUGCGGUUACUCCGUCUGUCCCAUGGCCAUUGAACAAGAUGUUUUGGUGGCCGUAUGCAGAUCAGAUGACGAUGACGCACUUCGACUAACAAACGUCGAUAGCAAAUAUCAGGAUUACCUGCACAACGACCUGCAGGAAAUAAGGGAAUUCCGACUGGACGACCACACGCUUGGACCAGCUUGGUACAAAUACUUUCUCUGUGGGGUCAAAGGUGCCCUAGAGGUCAUUCCGGAAAAACGCAGGCCACGCGGUGUCCUCGCCGCAGUUUGCGGCAACAUUCCACCUAACGCAGGACUAUCCAGCUCCAGCGCGCUCGUCUCGGCUGCUCUGCUCGCUACUGUACACGCCAGUCAGCACGAAAUGUCAAAGGAGGAUAUGGCAACAGUCAGCGCCAGCGCCGAGAGAUACAUCGGCACCCAAGGCGGUGGAAUGGAUCAGGCGAUCGCCUUUCUUGGAAAAGCUGGUUCGGCGAAACUGAUCGAAUUCAAUCCAUUACGCGGAUUCGAUGUGACGCUGCCGGACGACGCGGUUUUCGUCAUCGCCCACAGUUUGGCCGACCAUAACAAGGCCGCAACCAAUGACUUCAACACCAGAGUACUGGAGUGCCGAUUGGCAGCUCAGGUCAUGGCGCGGAGGAGAGGCCUAGAGUGGCAUUCUGUGCAGAAGCUCAUUGACGUACAGCAGCUAUUGGGUGCAAGCCUCGAAGAGAUGGCCGCGAUCGUCAGCCGUGAACUUCACGAGCCGCCGUACGAGCACAAAGAGAUAUGCCAAAUACUAGACACAACGCCGGAAGAAUUGAACAGGAUAUCGAAAGUACCGGUUGACACAACGCAGAAAUUCAAACUCAGGCAGCGAGCUCUUCACGUCUUCGAAGAGGCAGCCCGAGUGUUGUCGUUCCGCAGCGUGUGCGAGAGCAAAGACCUGGACGCAGCGGACCGUCUGCGCCAGCUCGGCAACCUCAUGUCCAGUAGCCACUCGAGCUUGCAGAGUUUGUACGAGUGUAGCCAUCCGAGGAUCGAUGUGCUCGUCGAAGCGGCCAACGCUUGUGGAGCCCUUGGGGCCAGAUUAACUGGAGCUGGUUGGGGCGGUUGCGUAGUCGCGAUGACGACUAAUGACAGAGUCGAAGAUUUUGUCGAGAACCUGAAGAAGAAAUUUUAUCACAAUGAUGAAUGCGCGAAAGGUCUCGACUUGAUGCGUUACGUUUUCCCGACGGAACCCAAGAACGGUGCAUCCAUUCACUACUUUCAGUGAAAUUUCAGAAUAGAAAAAUUGAGCUGAUGGUGUCAGAGACAUAAGCCUUUUCAUCCAUGAGCAUUUUUAUUGUUUGUUUAGGUAUGCAAAUUGUUGAAUCUUUAUAAUUACAUUAGUUGAUGAUUGUGCAUUUAUAUCAGCGUAAUACAUAAUAUUCCCAAAAUGUAACUGGGAAAUAAAAUUAAAGCCAUGCAAAAAACAUUUUUAUAAGAAAGUACGAUUAUAGAAAUAUAUUUUAAAGUAUAAUAGUAUCUUUUUGAUUGAACAAUAUGUGUAUAAACUUUGAUAAAAUAAUUGUUGUAAUAAUGCAAUAAAAAAUGAUAGAUACAUAUAUAAAUCCUCUUUAUAAACAAUAAUAAAAAAGACCUGUAUGUUCGCAUAAACUUACGCAUCCUAUUUGCACAACAUAAUGGAAAUCUAGGUAAAAGAAAAUAUCUCACAUGAUCAACAAGUCUAUUGCAUGCUUCCAAAUAAACGAACUCUCGAAGCUA